AUGAGGGUCCUGGCCUGCCUCCUUGUGGCUCUGAUGGGGACCCAGGCUGUUGAGCGGCUGCGUCUGGCCGACGGGCCCCACGGGUGCGCCGGCCGCCUGGAGGUGUGGCAUGGCGGGCGCUGGGGCACUGUGUGUGACGACGGCUGGGACCUGCGGGACGCCGCCGUGGCCUGCCGGGAGCUGGGCUGCGGGGGUGCGCUGGCCGCCCCUGGGGGCGCCUUCUUCGGGGAGGGCGCAGGCCCCGUGUGGCUGAGUGAACUGGCCUGCCGGGGCGGGGAGCGGCAGCUGGGCCUCUGCCCCCACCGGGGCUGGAAGGCUCACAUCUGCUCACACGAGGAGGACGCGGGGGUCGUCUGUGCAGGCCAGCGUGGGAUGGACUCCAGGGACCGCGACGACCCACCUUCAGUCCUGGAUGGGGACCCCUGGCCGGGGCUGGCAGGGGAGCUGAGCCCCAGCUCUGAGGAGCCCCCGGUGACGCCUGCCCCCCACCCAGCUGGGACCUCCCAGAACGGCUCCCGGAAGAAGAGCCCCCGGCCACCCAAGCUAGCCAAGUCCACCAGGGCCCCAGUGCUGACUGCUGGAGCCCCCCGCCAGGAGCGGCUGCGCCUGGUCUCCGGACCCCACGGGUGCGCCGGCCGCCUGGAGGUGUGGCACGGCGGGCGCUGGGGCACCGUGUGCGAUGACGGCUGGGACCUGCGGGACGCCGCCGUGGCCUGCCGGGAGCUGGGCUGCGGGGGCGCGCUGGCCGCCCCCGGGGGGGCCCGGUUCGGCCCGGGCGCGGGGCCCGUGUGGAUGGACGACGUGGGGUGCGGAGGCGGAGAGCAGACCCUAAGAGACUGUCCCCGAAGCCCGUGGGGCCGGAGUAACUGCGACCACAGUGAGGACGCGGGACUAGUAUGCACCGGCCCGGCCCCCCGGCUGCGUCUGGCCGACGGGCCCCACGGGUGCGCCGGCCGCCUGGAGGUGUGGCAUGGUGGGCGCUGGGGCACCGUGUGUGAUGACGGCUGGGACCUGCGGGACGCCGCUGUGGCCUGCCGGGAGCUGGGCUGCGGGGGCGCACUGGCCGCCCCUGGGGGUGCCUUCUUCGGGGAGGGCGCGGGGCCCAUCCUGCUGGAUGACCUGCGCUGUCGGGGGAACGAGACGGCUUUGCGGUUCUGUCCGGCACGGCCCUGGGGCCAGCACGACUGUCACCACCGGGAGGACGCCGGGGCCGUGUGUGACGGUAUGCCUCUCGGGUAUGUCCCUCCCACGGCCCCAGCAGUGGGCAGCAACAGCUCGGGGCCCAGGGGGGCCGCAUCCAGGCCCCCACCCCCCAUGGCGAGCCAGGCCCCGCGGAUGCCCGGAGUCUCAGCUCCGCCCGCCCUCCCGACCGCCCUUCAGGAGCCUGGGCCGGACGCCGGGUCCCCCCAGCUACGCCUGGUGGCGGGGCCCAGCAGGUGCUCGGGCCGGCUGGAGGUGUGGCAUGCCGGACGCUGGGGCACCGUGUGUGACGAUGGCUGGGACCUGCGUGACGCGGCCGUGGUCUGCCGGGAGUUGGGCUGUGGGGGGCCGCGGCAACCGGACCCCACCGCUGGCCGCUUCGGCUGGGGCGCCGGCCCCAUCUGGCUGGAUGAUGUGAAGUGCGCAGGGACUGAGGCUGCCCUCACCGACUGCCCCGCCGCUCCCUGGGGGAAGCACAACUGUGCCCACAACGAGGACGUUGGAGUCACCUGCACAGGAACCCCCGGCCUGGACUCCAUCUCAGACCCCUUCAGUUGGAGCUGGAUCCCCAGCCUGGGCAGAGACCCAGAUGCCUGGCUCCCAGGGGAGCUGGCCACCAAGCCCUCUGCAAGGCGGACCCCCAGCAUCCCCGAGAAAACCACCACCAAGGCCCCAGGGAAGAUGCCCAAAAGCACCAAGAAGUGGGUGACCAAGAACGCAAAGAGACCGACCACUCAGCCCCUGGUGAUGCCAACCACUAAGCACUCCAGGGUCCCGGGCACCCAGAGUCCCCCAGAACUGACUUCACGGACCACCACCUCCAGCACCCCGGCCACAGGGGCCUCCCGAAGACCCAUUUCCGAGUUUACCACCAGGCUGACCACAGAGGCCCCCCACAGGCUGACCUCGCACACCAUCGCGACUCGGACUUCUCGAGCCCCCCGGGAACGGACCUCUAAGACUGUGGCGACACCCACCACCCAGGGCCCCCGAUUGGUGACCUCCAAGGCCACCACGGAGCCAUCCGCUGAGCUCCCAGGACAAGGUUCUCCAGAGUCAUCCACGGACCCGGCGCCCUCCCCCACCAGCGCAGCAGGUGAGCAGAGGAAUGAGAAGGGUGAGGCUGGCCCCUGGGGACCCCCGCUGACCCCUCCUGAUCCGGGCCUCCCACCAGCAGGCCCGUUCCGGGUUCGCCUGGCGGACGGGCCCAACCGGUGUGCCGGGCGGCUGGAGGUGUGGCAUGCCGGACGCUGGGGGACGGUCUGUGAUGACGGCUGGGACCUGCGGGACGGCAUGGUGGCCUGCUGGGAGCUGGGUUGCGGGAGGAUCCGGCCUCGAGUGGGCAAAACCCACUACGGCCCCGGCACCGGGCCCAUCUGGCUGGACGACGUGGGCUGCAAGGGCAGUGAAUCCUCGCUGAGCGACUGCCCCGCCCGGGCGUGGGGACAGCACAACUGCGACCACGAGGAGGACGUGGGGCUCACCUGCACCGGCUACGCAGACGAGGAGGACUAUCCCCCCUGGACCUGGGACCCCACCUCAGGGGAGGACCUGGCCAAGGGGACCACUGCUGCAGGGGUGCCCGGACACACCCUCUCCCGGGAAACAACGGGGAGCCCAGGGGCCCCCGCCCCAGCAACGAGGCGCCUUCCGAGCACAGGUGACAAGGGUUGUCGUGAGCCUUCCCAGACGGGGGACACACCUUCAGGAGAAGUGCCGGCCAAGGAGACCCCCACUGCAGCCACGCCUGGCCCCCCUGGCACCACCAGGAGCUCAGGCCACCCCUCUCUAGCUCCCCGGCUCCGUGGGGACACAGGCUCCCCGAGGAGACCGUGGCCAGAGCGCCGGCUGCGGCCCACGACGGCCAGGACCGCGCCCGCCGCCCCUUCACCAGCCCCCUCCGCUGCGCCGGGGUCCGCCAGACCUCCGCUGACGUCCGCCUCAGCACCGCCGCUCACCCGCACGGCGGCCUCAACUCCAGAGGCUACCCCUGACGCGCCCUCCGCGGUGCCGCCCAGCCCGGCCGCGGCCUCUCGGGGGAGCACCCACCGCACCUCGACGAGCCCCAGCCUUACCGGGCCCUCCCCUGACGCCGCCGCGGCUCCCGCGCCGACCUCUGGGCUUUCGCCCACCCCACCGCCCACCGCGCCCAAGGAGCUCACCUCAGACCCCUCUGCGCCGGCGGCGGCGACCCGCCUCUCCCCUACCUCAGGGCUGAUCCCGGAGCUGGACAGAGCCCCAGGCCGGGGCACGUCUCCACAGCCCAGCUCAGUUCCAGAACCUUCCAGUUCCCCAGACCGAUCCACAGGGCCUCACCCCACCACGGCCCCGUACUCCACCAUGACCUCUUACCCCACCACGGCCCCGUACUCCACCACGGCCCCGUACUCUACCAUGACCUCUCACUCCGCAGUGACCUCUCACCCCACCACGGCCCCGUACUCCUCCAUGAUCUCUCACCCUGCAGUGACCUCUCACCCCACCACCGUCCAGUACUCCACCAUGACCUCUCACCCUGCAGUGACCUCUCACCCCACCACGGCCCCGUACUCCACCAUGACCUCUCACCCCGCAGUGACCUCCCACCCCACCACGGCCCCGUACUUCACCAUGACCUCUCACCCCGCAGCGACCUCUCACCCCACCACCAUCCAGUACUCCACCAUGGCCUCUCACCCCGCAGCGACCUCUCACCCCACUACUACCCUUUACCCCACCGCAACCCCUCGCGCCACCACAACCCCUCACCCCACCACAACCCCUCACCCUACAGUGACCUCUCACCCCACUACUGCCCUUUACCCCACCUCAACUCCUCACGCCACCACGACCCCUUAUCCCACCACCACUCCCCAGUCUACCUCAACCUCUCACCCCACCGCGACCUUUCACCCCAUCAUGACCCCUCACCCUGCCACCACCCCUCACCCCACCACAACCCCUCACGCCGCCACAACCCCUCACCCCACCACGACCCCUCACCCCACCACGACCCCUCACCCUGCCACAACCCCUCACCUCACUACCACUACUUACCGCUCCAUGACACCUGACCUCACCUCAGCCCCUGUGGUCACUGCCAAGUCUGUUCUAACUUCCUUGGAAACAGAACCUCCCUCUCCCUCUCCAGUGAAGCCCAGCCUGCACCCCCAGUUGACCUUCACGCGGCCCCAUCGCCCCUCCACAUCUCCAGCCUCGGAGUCUAGCCUGUCUCCUGUCCCAGGCAUGGAUAUACUGUCCACUGAGAACUUCAAGCCAGCCACAAGCCAGAGCCCCCAAGUAACCUCUCCACCUACCCAGACUCCACACUCAGCCCCUGACUCCACUGUGACCCCUGUGGGGUCAUCUGGGGACCAUCUGACUCCUAUGGCCCACCCCUUGGAUCAGCCGCCCCCUGACCACCUCUCCCUCGGGCCAGCUCCCAGUCCGAGCUCAGGCCCUCUGGGCCCCUGUGAGGUCCCAGUGCCACCUGUGAGGGUCAUGGCUUGUGAGCCGCCUGCUCUGGUAGAGCUGGUGGCCGCUGUGAGGGACGUGGGCAGCCAGCUGCAGAGGCUGAACCAGGCCCUGGAGCGAGAUCAACAGGAGCGCCGAGCCCUGGGACUGGGCUUGACCCAGCUGGUGGAGGCCGCCCAGGGUCUGGGGCAGCUGGGUGAGGUUGUGAAGAGACUGGCAGAGGUGGCCUGGCCCCCCACCACACCUGUCCCAACCACUACCACCCCUGAGUGGGAAGAGAGGCCUCUGCGGGGAGAUGUGUGA